CCAGAAACGGGGUUUCUGAGGUCCGCCACGGCAUCCCCUACGCCUAACACGUCUCCCUGUUGUGGGAUCAUUGAGUGCGACCCUCAAAAAAGAAUUCUUGAGAUGAUCCGUGCAACUUAGUAAACUUCUGCGGAUCGAAUGGCGGAGAGGAGACAAACCGGUUUGCGCCCUCUGCUGUAGGGCUGCGGGGCAGGCCAGGCGGUAGCGCUUCAGGGAGAGAAGCGACCGGCGGAGCCAGUAGAAGGCGCUGUGGGAGCUGCCGGAGGGGCCCGGCGGAGGCGGGGUCAGAGGAGGGAGCGCGGCGGGGCGGGGCGCUCGUCUUCCCGCUAGCCGGGUGCAUGGCGGCCCCGGGCGCGGGCCCCGGGCCGGGAGCACCCCCGGGGCUGGAGGCGGCCCUGCAGAAGCUCGCGCUGCGGCGGAAGAAGGUGCUGAGCGCCGAGGAGAUGGAACUUUACGAGCUGGCGCAGGCGGCGGGUGGCGCCAUAGACCCCGACGUGUUCAAGAUCCUGGUGGACCUGCUGAAGCUGAACGUGGCGCCCCUCGCUGUCUUCCAGAUGCUCAAGUCCAUGUGUGCUGGGCAGAGGCUGGCGAGCGAGCCCCAGGACCCUGUGGCCGUGUCUCUGCCCACAUCGAGCGUCCCGGAGACCCGAGGAGUCCUGGGGAGAAAGUAGUGUCAGAGAGGAUGGAAAGGGAGUCUGAUGUCUUGAAGAAGCC